AUGUUCAAAUCCAUUGCCACUUGGGCCCUGCUAGCCUCUGCAGCUGUCUAUGCUGCCCCCGCCGAAGAGAUUUCAAGCCGGGCUGUGUUAAAGGGUCUCGCAGACUUUGAAAGAGUGAGCACGACUAGCCAAGGUACCAGCCAGAUUGGCUAUUAUGGAGGCCUACAAUACAACGGACUUGGUGCCGUCACUGCUGGAACUUCUAGAAGGACAAUUCCUGGUCUUUAUCCCCGAUCGGGCACCAACGUCGCUGCGUUUGGCAAUGCUGCCAGUGGUCUCGGCAACCCAGUCAUCACCUCUCAAUUUUCUGGGUCCAAGACGGCCAAUUUUACCAUUGGCUCGUUGUUCUUUGGCUGUGUCGAUGCAUCCAACCAGCCUGUGGGCUGCAAACUGGCCCUUGCAGGUUAUAACAGCCGCGGAGUUCUCAUUGCUUACCAAGCCUUCUACUUCACCCCCAGCGGCGGAGCAACCAACAACCUCUCUCCGGCUUACCUCGACGCCUUUGUCGGCGUCUCAACCGUCCGACUUGCUGCCGCCUAUUACUUCUUCGCCAACUCUAUCAACUCUAUCAACUUUAUCAACGACAUCGCCAACUCUAUCAACGACCUCGCCAACUCUAUCAACGACCUCACCAACUCUAUCAACGACCUCGCCAACUCUAUCAACGACCUCGCCAACUCUAUCAACUCUGUCAACUCUAUCAACGACCUCGCCAACUCUAUCAACUCUGUCAACUCUAUCAACGACCUCGCCAACUAUCUCAACUGUAUCAACUCUUUCGCCAACUAUGUCGAUAAGCUAGCUUCAUCGCCGACUUCAUCGCCGACAUUGAAUAGCUUAACGUCAGACGUCGCUCCUACCCUCUCGUCUAUAGCAUAG